AUGUGCUCUCUCGGUGAGAGACAUCAAAAUAAAAGUACCAGGCGGCGCGGGUGGACCUCGAGUACAGGAUCAACUUUCAUUCACAGUUCAGCGCACGGCAGAGGCGCUGGCUCCGGCGUGCGGCACUGGCAAGGCUCCGUGCGUCAUGAGCGCGCCCACCACGUGGCUGAGGGGGAGGAGGGCCCCUCCGCACCGGCAUCGGUAGCAAGCGAGGGCGAAGAAAACGAGCAUCCAAUGUUCCAGAUGUCUUUGAAGGACUAUAAGCCGGUUAACAUUCCCAUUAGUGUUGAUAAUAAUGUA